AUGCCGAAGCGAAAAGAGCGGGAGAGCGACGCGGUGGAAGCGGAGCUGCCGCUCGCCAAGUACCUAGCCUCGACCGAGAAGCGCGUGCGUGACCGUGCGAUCCGGUCUCUUUCUGCGUUCCUCCUGCGCAGCGCCAAGGAGGAGGGGCUGUCGAUGUCCUCUGUGGAGCUCGGCAAGCUCUGGAAAGGCAUCUUUUACUGUUUCUGGAUGUCGGACAAGCCGCUGGUGCAGCAGGCGCUCGCCCAGGAGCUCAGCACCCUCGUGCUGCGUGUCGCUGGCUACGGCGAGGAGACCGGCGAGGAGACCGGCGAGGAGACCGGCGAGGAGAAGAAGGAGAGCGAGCCCGACGCGGCCUCGGCGCAGGCUCGCGCGCUCACCGCCCUCGACUUUUACCACGGUUUCUGGACCACGACCGAGUCCGAGUGGCUCGGCGUGGACAAGUUCCGUGUGAAUAAAUACUACAUGCUCAUGCGGCGGUUCCUCCAUGCGGGCCUCGAGCUCCUGAGGCGGCACAGCUGGGACGCGGCGCUCGUCGAGCGCUUUGUGACGGUGAUGCGGGGCACCGACGGCCCGCUUGCCUCGAACAACGUCAAGGUGCCGGACAGUAUCACGUACCACGUGUGCGACACUUUCCUCGACGAGCUCGAGAGCGUCGUGGCCGAGGACGCGGCGGACGUCACGAUCCCGAUCCUCUCCCUCCUGACCCCGUUCCUGGAGCUCGCGGCGACCAGCACGUCGAAGCGCGUGCACGAGCGCGUGAUGACUACCGUGAUCCUCCCAUUCCUGGACGCGUGCGCCACGCAGAUCAAGUCGAAAAAGACCCUCGACACCUAUCCUGCGCUCCUCGCCCGUGUGCAUGCCGACGACGACGACGGCGAAUUUGACGAUCUCGACGACAAGGCGCAGUCGCUUGCUGCGGUGCGCCGCACUAUCCUCAAGGCAGCCUUUUCCAUUGCCAGCGGCUCCGAUACCUACGCCCCGAGCCGCCGCAAGCUCUACGCGCUGUGGCAGGCCGAGGCCGCGUAA